AUGGAUGCUCCAUUCGGGCAGUCCCCCGAGAUACAAGAAACAGUGGAGUCCGAACCUUUGAUGGAUACCCCCAAACUGCUUAAACGUGGUCGACCUAGAAUCGACCGUAGUGCCGAGACUGCCGGAGAGCGACGCAAAGAACAAAUCCGACUAGCUCAAAGAGCAUACCGAUUCCGCAAGGAGUUGAGAAUCGCAGUGUUGGACCAGAAGGUGGCAGAGCUUGAGCAGACAAUUACCGCCAUUCGUGAUCUCUAUCUGAGUAUGCACAAUGCUGUCUUCGACUCGGGCGUUGCGCUCUCCCAUCCAUUCCUGUCACAGUCGUUGCAGAAGAGCCUGUCACUACUGCUCUCCCUCACGCAGUCUGUGCCAAUCACAACUAGCUUUAAUUCGAGCCCCUGCGUCAGCUGUGAGAUAGACGGUCAGUGGGACGAAGGAGGAGUUCUCGAGUUUACACCCCAACUGCCAACUCCUCCGUUAUCUACGCAGCAGACUCCUCCUCAGUCUUCUUUAGCGGACGGGACGCUGUCCCAGUUUGACAGUCUACUUCACAGCGCGGCAACCAGUCCGGAGGACACGGCCGGUUUACCGCAGUCGUCCGUAGCUAACCCGCAUUGGACGUGGGAUGAUUAUUUUUGGCAGAGAUCGGAGGCUCCCAUUAAUGACAGAUGA